AUGUUUAGCACUCAACACAAACCAAACCCACUAACUACUUUCCCCUCAGAGACCCUCACCCUUUAGUAGACUAAGGGGCUGAAUUUUCCGGUGAGAAAUGACCAGUUAUGGUGGCGGCCCCUCCUGGGGCCGUCUUUGGCCUCAAUUGGCUGUGGCAUUGGCUCUGGUUCUUGUUUCAAACAGUGUAGGUUCAGUUUAUGGGGAUGCUUAUUCUUAUUAUUCUCCACCUCCUCCUCCUUAUGAAUAUAAGUCCCCUCCUCCACCUUCUCCUUCUCCUCCUCCACCUUAUGAGUACAAAUCCCCACCACCACCUUCUCCUAAACCUCAAUAUGAGUAUAAGUCACCACCACCACCAUCUCCUUCUCCACCACCACCUUAUGAGUACAAGUCUCCACCACCUCCAUCUCCUAAACCUCAAUAUGAAUACAAGUCUCCUCCGCCACCAUCUCCAUCUCCACCACCCCCUUAUGAGUACAAGUCACCACCUCCACCAUCUCCAUCUCCACCACCUCCUUAUGAGUACAAAUCUCCACCCCCACCUUCUCCUAAGCCUCAUUAUGAGUAUAAGUCACCACCACCACCUUCCCCAUCACCACCACCACCUUAUGAGUACAAAUCUCCACCACCACCAUCACCUAAGCCUCAUUAUGAGUAUAAAUCUCCUCCACCACCCUCUCCUUCUCCACCACCACCUUACUAUUACAAGUCACCACCACCUCCAUCUCCAUCACCGCCUCCACCAUAUUACUAUAAAUCUCCUCCACCUCCUUCGCCAUCACCCCCACCUCCCUACUACUACAAAUCCCCUCCACCACCAAAGCAUUCUCCUCCUCCACCUUAUUACUACAAGUCACCACCACCACCUUCACCAUCUCCUCCACCACUGUACUAUUACAAGUCCCCACCUCCACCCUCACCAUCUCCUCCUCCUCCAUAUUACUAUAAAUCCCCACCACCUCCCUCGCCAUCCCCUCCGCCACCAUAUUAUUAUAAGUCACCACCUCCACCCUCACCAUCUCCUCCCCCUCCAUAUUACUACAAGUCCCCACCACCUCCUUCACCAUCACCUCCACCACCAUACUAUUAUAAAUCUCCACCACCACCACCAAAAUCACCAGCACCAGUGCCAUAUUACUACAAGUCUCCACCACCACCCUCACCAUCUCCUCCCCCUCCUUAUUAUUACAAGUCUCCUCCUCCCCCUUCACCAUCUCCUCCCCCACCAUACUACUACAAAUCUCCACCACCACCCACAAAAUCACCAGCACCAACACCAUACUAUUACAAGUCACCACCACCGCCCAAGGCUUACCCACCUCCAUACCACUACACUUCUCCACCGCCACCUAAAGCUCAUCCUCCUCCAUACUACUACACUUCUCCACCACCACAUGUCCCUUACCCCCAUCACCAUCAUUUGGUAGUGAAGGUGGUAGGAAAGGUGUACUGCUACAGAUGCUAUGAUUGGGAUUAUCCUAAGAAGUCACACGACAAGAAGCAUCUCAAAGGUGCUGUAGUGGAGCUGACAUGCAAGGUAGGCGAGAAAGAGAUUAAGGCCUAUGGCGAAACCAAGAUCAACGGCAAAUACAGUAUCACCGUGGAGGGCUUUGAUUAUGGCAAAUAUGGAGCCGAGGCUUGCAAGGCCAAGCUCUACAAGGCACCCAAGGGCUCACAGUGCAACAUCGCAACUAACCUCAACUGGGGUAAGAAGGGUGCCAAUCUCAAGGUGAAGUCCAAGACCGAGGAUGAAGUUGUGCUCUAUGCUAAGCCAUUCGCUUAUGCUCCUGAGACCCCUUACGAGGAGUGUGAGAAGCCCAAGCCUACACCCGCUCCUUACUAUUACACUUCUCCACCACCUCCUCCUCCCACUUACAUCUACAAGUCACCACCUCCCCCACCACCAUACAAGUCACCUUACUACUAUAAAUCACCACCUCCUCCAUCUCCAUCCCCACCACCUCCCUAUUACUAUAAAUCUCCUCCUCCACCAUCACCUUCUCCUCCUCCACCUUAUUACUACAAGUCACCUCCCCCACCAUCACCAUCACCUCCUCCUCCUUACUACUACAAGUCACCACCGCCACCAUCUCCCUCACCACCACCUCCAUACUACUACAAAUCUCCUCCUCCACCAUCACCAUCUCCUCCUCCACCAUAUUACUACAAGUCACCACCACCCCCAUCUCCCUCACCACCACCUCCAUACUAUUACAAAUCUCCUCCCCCACCAUCGCCAUCUCCUCCUCCACCCUACUACUAUAAGUCUCCACCACCACCCACAAAAUCACCAGCACCGGAACCAUAUUACUAUAAGUCUCCACCACCUCCAUCACCCUCUCCUCCACCCCCAUACUAUUACAAGUCUCCUCCCCCACCAUCACCAUCUCCUCCUCCACCCUAUUACUAUAAGUCCCCACCACCUCCAUCUCCAUCACCACCACCACCAUAUUACUACAAGUCUCCCCCACCACCCUCACCUUCACCACCGCCACCUUACUACUACAAGUCUCCACCACCACCAUCACCAUCCCCACCACCUCCCUACUAUUACAAAUCCCCACCACCACCAUCGCCAUCUCCUCCACCACCAUACUACUACAAGUCACCCCCACCACCAUCGCCAUCGCCUCCUCCACCAUAUUACUACAAGUCCCCACCUCCACCAUCACCAUCGCCUCCUCCUCCAUAUUACUACAAGUCCCCACCUCCACCAUCUCCAUCCCCUCCACCUCCCUACUACUACAAAUCUCCUCCACCACCAUCCCCAUCACCCCCUCCUCCAUACUAUUACAAAUCCCCACCUCCCCCUUCACCAUCACCUCCUCCCCCCUACUACUACCAUUCACCUCCUCCACCCGUGAAAUCACCUCCUCCCCCAGUUUACAUUUAUGCCUCUCCACCACCACCAACUCAAUACUAGGCUCAAAAAGCUCAGUCACGUACCAAAAUGGAUCAUAUUUUAGUUUCAGCAAUGUAAUAAAGGAAGGCUCCAAGAGGAAAAGAUGUGGAUAUCAAGCUUCUAAUCCAAGUCCAUUCAUUGAGGAUCUGAAUUUUGCAUUAGUGAGCUACAACUUUAAUAACUCAAGCCAGAAUGCUUUGAUUUCUUCUAUGGCCUUCUUGCAUCUCCUGUUCAUAUUAUGUUCAAGUAAAAAUGGCUUCAAAGGUUUACUUCUGCAAGGCAAAAUAAUUAGGAAGUGAAAUUAGAUAUGGGAGGCUUGGAUUUGGAAGCAACGUUUCAAUUUGGUUUUUAUUUAUUCAUUUCUAAUUUAUUAUUGUAUGUAUAGCGUACAGCCUUUGUUGUUUCGAUUAGGGCAUCUCUCUAUUUAUUGUGAGCAAUUCUUUCUUGGGCCUUCGUGUGCUUUGUGCACUGAGAUUGUUAACAAUAAAACAAGGCAACUUUCUGCCACAAAUUUUACUUGUUUCUCUA